AUGAGGAUGCGGAAGACCAUCGCCGGAGGCGUCAUCUUAGAGGUCCCCGAGGACCAGGGAAGGGAGAAGGCCGCAGCGCUCGCAGCACAGCUGACGCGAGCUCUGGACCCGAACGAGGUCCGCGUGGCGACACCCUACCGAGCCGCGGAGGCAAGGGUGUCCCUGAUAGACAUAGCGGCCAUCAAGGCGGAAAUCCAGAACACCCUGGCGAGGAAGAGCGGCUGCAAGCCGGAGGACAUCCGGCUGGGAGAAAUCCGCCCCGCCCGGAACGGACUUGGCACCGUGUGGAUACGAGGCCCUGCCAGUACAGUGAGGAAACUGGCCCAGGCUGGAAAGGUCGCCAUAGGACACACGGGGAAGACCUGCACCGCCAAGGAGGACAAGGGGCACCUGUGCUUCGGAUGCGGCGAACCAGGGCACCAGGCGAGAGCAUGCACUAUUGCGAGCCCGAAAUGCCUGCUCUGCGAGGCACUUGGAACACCGUCGGUGCACAGGAUGGGGGGACCGGCCUGCGCCCCCUCGAAGAAAGGAACGAAAGGAGCCGCCCGCGGAUCCACGGCUGCAAGAGGCAGCGAGAAAGGCUCCCCGUUGCAAAGCGACCCUAAGCCCGCGAACAAGGAGGUAGGCACGGAGGAAGCCACAAACAAGGAAAGAACACCAAAGAACUGA